AUGGCCGCGGCCGACCCUCGCUUGAUCUGGGUGGUCAUUAUUGCGGGGGGUCAUUAUUGCGGGGGGUCAAUCGUGUCCCCAGAUUGGAUUGUUACAGCCGCUCAUUGCGCCGAAUUGGCGGCAAACCGGUACACCCUUGUCGCGGGGGAUCACAACCUGACCUUAAACGAGGGGACGGAACAGAGUCGUAGCGUUGCUGCCAUAGUGAGACAUCCAGGCUACGAUAGACCUACCACUUACAACAACGAUAUCGCCCUGAUGCGAGUCGAUCGUCCCUUCGAAUUUAACGAAUUUGUCGGCCCAGUUGUCAUCCCAGAGCUUGACUUUGUCCCAACUGACUUGGCCACCGUGGCGGGAUGGGGUAUGCUGUCUUUUCCUUUCGGGCGCUAUCCCGAUGUCCUUAUGAAGGUCGAAGUCCCCCUCGUUGAGCAAGAGACCUGCCGAAUCGCCAACAUUGGAGUUGGCGCCGUCACUGGUCUGCUAUGGGGUUGCAGCAAAGGAUUCGUGCAAAGCUGAUUCUGGCGGUCCAUUGAUGUGCGGAUCGGACAAUGCGCUAUGUGGGAUCGUUUCUUGGGGCAAGGGGUGUGCCGAGGACGGAUUUCCGGGAGUUUACGCGAAGACAUCAUACUUUGCUGAAUGGAUCAGUAAACCAUCGCUGCUUAAAUUGAGUGUCAUUCAUAUUCGUAUUAAUGGAAGAAACACAUUUAUGGAAAUACUUAUGUUUAAACCUACAUACAUAUUUAUGCAAAAUUCAAAAAAUCAUUACUCUGUAACGACCUAGAUUGACUAUUAUUUAUUAAAAUUGAUUCUGAUUAUUCUGAAAUUUAA